AAGAAUCAUUCUGGCGUUACUUUUGUGUGGUAACGUGGUUUUCUGUUCGCACACUGGGUAUUAUGGCGCUUAGAAGAUGCUGGAGGUUGACCGGUGUCCUCUCGAGACUCCCCGUUAUUCAUGGGUCUUCUUCACCUGUGGGACGGGUAGCUGUGUCCUGCUUUGUCGACACUUACCGAGGCUGCAAAAAAACAGAGUUCCAGCUCCGCAAAUUUAGCGCUGAAGGACGGAACACAGAUGUGAGUUAUGCGCAGCUGAAGCAGCUCCUGGCUGACGGCAAAACUGUAGUUGUGGAUGUCCGGGAACCCUGGGAGCUCCGAGAGUACGGCUUCAUCCCCGGAUCUGUCAACGUCCCACUGGGACAGGUGAACACUGCCCUCCAGCUUGCUCCGGAGGAGUUUAAAGAUAAAUAUGACGGUGAAAUGCCCAGGCAGACGGAUAACAUUGUGUUCGUGUGUCUGGCCGGGGUCAGAAGCAAGACUGCCCUCAACACAGCCGCUUCGCUGGGAUUUACAGAUGUUCAGCAUUAUCCCGGUGGAUGGCAAGACUGGGCGGAACAGGAACAGCUGAAGUGAUCCACACAUUUUGGAAAGAGGAAGCUGCGAUGAGUGCGAUCACAGCCGAGACAAACUGGCGACCUAGUUCCUCCGCUUUCUGUCACCUCGGUAUUGGUUCUGUAAGUCCCCGGAGCUCCGCUGUAGGGAUUAAAACCCAAUUCCUCCAAACUUCAGUCUGAGUUCUUCAAGUUGACCAAGCAGGUGGCAUUUUGUUUACUGCUAUACAAUAAUAUGACAAAAGGGCUUUGUGAGUGAAUUGCGCUGCAAUUCCAUUUUUCGGUGUCAGUGUUAAUCGGGCUGAAUAGAAAUGCAUGCCACACUUUUCAGAUUUUCAUUUGUAAAAGAAAAAAAAGACAUUAAUAAAUUGAUAUUUUACUCUCCCUCUAGUUAUGCGGGUUUCACCUCGUAUUGGAGAGUCACAUACUAAAGAAUGAAAUUAAUAUUUCAACUUAACUUGAAAGUGUGUGUGUGUCAGAGCUUAAAUUUUACCCAACUGUGAAUCCAAAGAGUAAAAACCAUAGGGCUCAAUAAACAUGUCAUGCGCUGCUGAACGUUUUGGAUCCAAUGUAAUUCUACUUGAAGUUACUUGCAACGUUUUUUGCACUUGACAAUUUCACUAAGAUUCAUCUGUGCAACUCUUUACAUUGUUGAAAGAAAGUGCUUGAUUUGUUUUCAUAUGUUCUUAUUAGUGAAUAACUGCAUGAAAUUAUCUAUUUCUUGGAAUUUAUUCAAUAACUUUUCAAGUCUAGAUAAUUCUGGAAACUGAAACUGGUUGUAAAAAUUCUAUUUUUUUCUAGAAUUUUCUUACAGGCUAAAAGAAAAUAAUCUAGCAAUGCUUUAUAAUAUGCAGUGGUUUUCGCAUGUAUUUAUUUUUAAUUGCUGUACUUUAUGCUUGAUUUGCCACAUGGUGCCUUGAUUUUAACAUUUUACUCAUCAGUUUAUUUUUGCUUUUUUGUUGUUCACUUACUAACUGAAUAUACACUAAUUUUGUAAACUUUAGACAACUUCAUACUCAGGUUGAACUGAUCCAGUUGAACUGACUGAACAGGCAGGAUGGAGUCGCCUUUAUGACAUAACGGCACCAAAAUUCACAAACUCAUCUUGACAGAAUUAGCAUUAAUAUUGGAAAUAUUAUUUCAUAUUUCCUAUUUGUUAGAGUUAAGAGUUUAAAAGUUGGUUCAAAUGCCAAAAAUAAAACUGGGAAAUGGCUCCAACCAGUAUUCUGAAACCCGGUUUUAGCUUUGUUUUAUUUCUAGAAGAAAUGGUUAUUUACAACGACGUGUUAGGGCCAUUGGAGAAAAGAAAAAAAGAGUACAUUUGUGAAACAAACUCUGAAAUGUUUAGAUUAAUCUCAGAUAUUUUCUAGGAAAAAAGAUUGUACAUUUCUGACUUCCGAAAGUUUAAAAUUUGCAAGAAAACAGAAAAAGUCAAGAAUUUUUUUGUUAAUCUCAAAAAGUUUCUAGGAAAAGAAACUCGGAAAUUUCUGUGCUCCCAAAGUCGAAAAUUUGCGAGAAAAUUUUUUUUGAGAAAAUUUCUAAGAUUAAUAAAACAUAUUAUUUUUCUCGCAAGUGUAUUUAACACGGCCCUAACACGCUAUCUUACUUAUUCCAGGUGAAUAUUUAUCUUCCAAUGUUCAGAGUGUUACAAAAAAACCAUAGAAAAAAAACACUACAAAUGUAUAAAAUUUUGGUUGUUACAUAUCUAACAAAUAAACAAUCUCUGUAUCUCCUACCAAAGCCAAUGAUUUAAUAAAAUCCAUAUUUUAACAAUGUAAAAAAAACAAAAAA